UUUAAAAAAUCAUGAAUGAAUGAAUGAAAAUCAAGCGCGUUUGGAAAAAACAAACACAGUGAACAAAGCAGACAGACAUUGAAACACGUUUUACAUUUGAUUCUCCAUGCGUUCGGGAAAAGUUCAUUGUUGAAGAAGAAGGACUUGAAAGCCCUUCAUUUCCCUUCCCUUUCUCACUUCUUGUCAGGUAUCUGGUCAAUUCCUAUAUACAUUUGGUCAAUGUGAUAAUUGUUCAAAGUUCAGCAGGUUGUGCCAAGGUUUACUUGGUCCUUGAAGCAUAUUUCAGAAUUCGAUAAGUGAGAGAGAAUGGGUUAUGUUGGGGAUCACGGGGCUUCAACUUUGCAUAGAUACAAAUAUAGUGGUGUAGACCAUUCCUACUUGGCCAAAUAUGUACUACAGCCCUUCUGGAGCCGCUUUGUUAAUUUUUUCCCCUUAUGGAUGCCAUAUACUCACCUCGAUUGGACUCAGCUCCUCCAAGAUGGGUUCAUUUUGCACAUGGCCUACUUUUGUUUUUAUACCAGACAUUUGAUGCUGUUGAUGGGAAGCAAGCUAGAAGAACAAAUUCUUCAAGCCCAUUGGGGGAGCUGUUUGAUCAUAGUGAUUUUCCCGCACCGUCUUUUUCAUUCUAUUAUUUUUCAUUAUGUGUGCCUGUAUAUCAUUAAUGAAGAUAUUCUCAACUGUAUUGCAGGAUGUGAUGCACUAGCUUGUACAUUUGAAGCACUGGCUUUUGGGAGCACAGCCAUGUGUGGAAGAAGUACUUUCUGGUGGUGGUUAAUAUCUGCUAUUACAUUUUAUGGUGCAACCUGGGAGCAUUACUUCACCAAUACACUUAUACUGCCUGUUGUUAAUGGACCUACAGAGGGUCUUAUGCUAAUAUACAUGGCCCACUUUUUCACUGCUAUUGUGGGUGCUGAGUGGUGGGUUCAGCGAUUUGGGAAGUCUUUGCCUUUUUUGAAUUGGUUGCCUUUUAUUGGGGAUAUCCCGACAUUCAGAGCAGUGUUGUGUUUGAUGAUAGUUUUUGGUGUUAUACCAACAGUCACAUUCAAUGUUUGUAAUGUUUAUAAAGUUGUGAAGUCAAGAAAUGGAAGCAUGCCGCUUGCAUUGGCAAUGCUUUACCCAUUUGUUGUACUCGUGGGAGGAGUGCUCGUGUGGAAUUAUUUGUCACCGUCUGACAUCAUAGGGAAUUAUCCACAUUUAGUUAUUUUAGGAACUGGACUUACUUUUGGAUAUCUUGUGGGAAGGAUGAUUUUGGCCCACUUAUGCGACGAACCUAAGGGCUUAAAAACUGGAAUGUGCAUGUCCCUCCUGUAUCUCCCAUUUGCCAUUGCUAAUGCGCUUGCAUCUAGGCUAAAUGAUGGGAUUACUUUAGUGGAUGAGAGAUUAGUUCUUCUUGGUUACUGUGCAUAUACAGGGACACUUUACUUGCAUUUCGCAAUGUCUGUCAUUCAUGAAAUUACAAAUGCCCUGGGAAUAUAUUGUUUCAGGAUAACUAGGAAGGAAGCUUGAUUAUACUCAAGAUUCCUUUAUCUUUCAAGUCGAGAAAUACUGGCAAGCCUUUGGUCAGUGCUGAUUUUGCUUUGUUUGACAAAAUUGUCUAACACGGGUUUUUUAUAUUAUAUAUUGAUUCUUAGAUAGACUAGGAGAUCUAUUUGUAGAAACACUGUUUCACCUCUAUUGAUAUUUCUGCAUGUAUUUUCUUAUGUAUGGAUUGAAAUGUGAUUCUGACAUUCUUAAUAUUCUAAGGGCGAUUCGCAUUUGUGUUAA